UUCAACCAUGCAAACCUAACAACGUUGAAUAAAUCCACUCAUCCUUUCACAACAUCUAUAUUAAAUAACCCACAGAUUAAUUUUCCUUCAUUUUAAUCUCAUCCCCUUCAUUUCAUGUUCAGCUACUUUUCAUCUUCCUCGCCAUGAAGGUAAAUCGACUUUGCUUCAUUUUACCAGCUGAUUUCAAUGAAAUCGCCCCUCUGGACUACCCCAAAGCUGGAGAACCUGUUCAAAAAGAACCCAACAAACACCCGCACCGUGAUUGUGGGAGUCAGGUUCUUGGUUUCGUUGGGGAUGCUUUGCGCCGAUGGGUUUAUUUUUGUCAUCAUGGUAAGCCCAGGAGACGCCAGUCCAGCGUUUUCCAUGACCUCGAAGGAGUUCAGAUGUCGGAGAAAGUCGGCGGGGAGAAUCCCAGGAUUUUUAGCUAUGCCGAGCUUUACAUAGGCUCUAAUGGGUUUCAUCAAGAUGAGAUUCUUGGAAGUGGGGGCUUCGGGAGAGUUUAUAGAGCGGUUUUACCCAGUGACGGAACGGUGGUUGCCGUGAAAUGCUUGGCGGAGAAAGGGGAGAGGUUUGAGAAGACUUUUGCGGCGGAGUUGGUGGCGGUGGCUCAUCUCCGUCAUCGGAAUCUUGUUCGGUUGAGGGGUUGGUGCGUUCAUGAAGACCAGUUGCUCUUGGUGUAUGAUUAUAUGCCGAACCGAAGCCUCGAUAGAGUACUCUUUAGAAGGCCGGAAAACAUGGGGAAACCGGGUUUAAGCUGGGACCGCCGGAGGAAAAUCGUUGGCGGCUUGGCGGCUGCUUUGUUUUAUCUCCACGAACAACUUGAGACUCAAAUCAUACACCGCGACGUAAAAACGAGCAACGUGAUGCUGGACUCGCAAUACAAUGCCCGGCUCGGCGACUUCGGAUUGGCACGGUGGCUGGAACACGAGCUCGAGUACCAAAUCAAGACACCGGCGACGAAGAGACACCAAUUUCGUCUGGCUGACACGACGAGGAUAGGCGGGACAAUCGGGUCUCCACCAGAGAGUUUCCAGAAACGAAGCGUGGCGACGGCAAAAUCCGAUGUUUUCAGCUUUGGGAUUGUCAUUUUGGAGGUGGUUUCGGGGCGGCGAGCGGUGGACCUUACAUUCCCCGACGACCAAAUCAUUUUGCUGGAUUGGAUCCGUAGGUUGUCCGAUGAACAGAGGCUUUUACAUGCAGGGGAUAGUCGUCUUGUAGAUGGUUCCUACAGGCUAGAUGAUGUUGAACGGUUCAUUCAUAUAGGGCUGCUUUGCACGCUUCAUAAUCCAUUUUUGAGGCCUAAUAUGAAAUGGGUUGUUGAAGUUCUUUCCGGUAAUAUUUCAGGGAAGCUUCCUGCUUUGCCAUCAUUUGAAUCCCAUCCUUUAUACAUCACACUGUCAUCUUCAUCCAACAAUAGUGGAAGCAAGAGCACCAGUAGCCGCUCAUCCACCCCGACCACCACCGCCACCGCUGCCAGCAUCGACAUUAUCGUCUCCUUUGCUUCAUCCAACUAUGUGACUGCCACUGAAGAAACCAUGUAUGAAACUGCUGAAUUCGGAAUCAAUGGUUCCAGUUUAUCCGGCAACGGCAGUAGCCGACCGACAAACUUCUUUAUGAUCGAAACACCUAGGGAAAUACCUUUCAAGGAACUCGUUGCCGCCACCGAUAAUUUCGCUGAAUCACGGAGGGUGGCGGAGCUCGACUUUGGAACUGCUUACCAAGGUUUCCUUGACAACCGUCAGCACAUUCUUGUGAAGAGGCUUGGCUGGACUAAAUGCCCUGCAUUGCGGACAAGGUUUUCGAGUGAACUCCAAAACUUGGCAAGGCUCCGCCACCGUAAUCUGGUUCAGCUCCGUGGAUGGUGCACUGAACAAGGAGAGAUGCUCGUCGUAUAUGAUUACUCGGCGAAUCGAUUGUUGAGUCACUUCCUUUUCGACAAUAUAAAGGGCAGCUCUGUUUUGCAAUGGCAACACCGAUACAACAUUGUCAGAUCCCUUGCUUCGGCCCUUCAUUAUCUCCACGAGGAAUGGGAUGAACAAGUCAUUCAUAGAAACAUUACCUCUUCAGCCAUCAUUCUUGAUCCUGACAUGAAUCCGCGGCUUACUAGUUUUGCUCUCGCCGAGUUCUUGACUAGAAAUGACCAUGGCCAUCACGCAUCCACCAACAAAAACAAAUCGGUUCGUGGAAUUUUCGGUUACAUGUCACCAGAAUACAUGGAAUCCGGAGAAGCAACCCCAAUGGCUGAUGUCUAUGGCUUUGGAGUGCUGGUGCUUGAGGUGAUCAGUGGACGUAUGGCAGCCGACUUUAGGCGGCCUGAGGUAUUGUUGGUGAAACGGGUACACGAAUUCGAGACACGAAAAAGGCCGCUCAAGGAAUUGGUCGACAUCAGGCUGAAUGGGGAAUACAAUACCGAAGAACUUGUGAGACUGACGAAACUAGGAGUUACCUGCACACGAUCCGACCCGAAAUUAAGGCCAAGCAUGAGGGAGAUUGUGAGCAUACUGGAUGGAAAUGACAAAAGCCUGAUGGUAGAAGGGCAACGGAAGGAGGGUAGGGAGGAAUGGAAACAGAGAUAUGCUUGUUCUCUGUCAUUGGUUAGGAGAAUCCAUGCUUUGGGAUUACAUUGAAACUCACUCGUACCAUACAGGACAGGCAAGUUUCUAGUUAGCAAGUCUUUGUUUUCAUUAAUGUAUACUAGUAAAAGUGUAGCGUCUAUGCUUUUGGAUGUAUCUACUUAAAAAUUGAGAUGCUAAUGUUUUAUAUGUAUGGCAGUGGUUAGAAAGAUUUUAUGUU